AUGGGUUUUUCAUAUGAAAAACGUCCAUUAAAGAGGCCUCGUCUUGGUCCACCCGAUGUUUAUCCACAAGAACCCAAACAAAAAGAGGAUGAAUUAACUACUGUUAAUGUAAAACAUGGGUUCACAACAUCACUCACUAUAUCUGAUGAACAUCAACACGGAACAGCUCGUAAUUAUAAUAUCACAGCAUCUAAGAUUGGUGCGUUCUUCAAUGCAAUUAUUAACAAAAAAGAAGAACUUAAUACCUUAGUAGAUACUGGACGUAAAAGGUUACAAAUAAAUCCAAAAGAUAAUUUUUGGCCUGCUACUGCCCGAUCAAAGACUACUGUUGAAGCUUGGUUUAAAGAUUUAGCUGGAUUUAAACCAUUAAAUAUACUUUCCAAGAAGGCUCCUAAUUUCAACAAGAAAGAAGAAAUAUUUAUGUUAUUAUGUGAAUAUAAUGUCCCUUUAAUUCGUGCUACAUGGUUUAUAAAAUUAAGUUCAGCUUAUACGAUUGCUGUGUCUGAAGCAAAAAUAAAAUCUAAACGCCAAUUGCCUGAUCCUACACUUGAAUGGACGAGUACAUUGUUAAAAUUUACUAAAGAACAACUAAUUAAACUUCAAGAUUAUUAUCAAAAUGCCAAUGCAUCAAUGAAUUCAUCACAUUAUUUAUCAAUGAGCGAAGAACAAAAAGUUUCACUUAAACAAUGGAAUUAUUGUACAACUCUCAUUAAAUAUAUGUAUCAGGAAGGACUUCUAGAUCGUCAAGAAGUUCUUCAAUGGAUUUUAGAUAUGCUUGAACGUUAUAAAUCAUCAUCUAAUAGUGAAGAUGGUUUAUUAAAAGUAUUAAGUCCUUUAGCCUUACAGUAUUGUUCAGAAUUUUGUCAAUCUGAACUUCUUAGUCGAAAAUUAGUUUACUUUUGUGCUCGUAAGUUAAAUGCAAUAUGCAAUUCAGUAAUCGACUUGAAUCCACCUCAAAGUCCUACAUCGAAAGGAGCUUCGAAUAAUAGUGUUCCAAGCAAUACUUCUGGUGCUACUAAUGCUGCAUCUACCCUGAAUGAUAUGAUGUCUUGUCCUCAUCAUAGAGAUAUUUUACUUCCUCUUAGCUGUAUAAUUCAAGUAAUUUUAUUAGAAUGUCCUACUUCCCUUACUUGGAAUCAUUCAGGUGGUGGCAAACUUCCAUUUGUUCUAAAUGGAUCGCCUUUAGAUUACCUUCCUUGUUCACCAGUAGUCUUACCAAUGCCUCAGAGAACAAAUAAUAUUCUAUUAAGGAAACAACUUAAACAAGCAGAAGAAAUCGUUAAGAUAAGAAGCCAAGCAGCAGAAGGUAGAUGGUGUUUGGAUAAAUUUCAUAAAUCAUCAAUCGGUGCAAAAACAAUAAAAGUUUUAAAUGUUUUGGAUGCAUUAGAUCGUCACAGUUUUGAACGAAUUGAUCAAAAUAAUUCUUUAGAUACACUAUAUAAUAAAAUAUUUUUACCGCCAAAUUCUAAAGACAAUUCUAAUCCACUUCUUGCUGUUGGUAAUAUUUCUAUGCCAACAGAAAAUGAAACUUUGAAAGACAAUAGAUCUGAAUAUAAUGUUGAACAAGAUCAAAUUGUUGUGAAAGUUUUAUGUGAAUGGGCUCUAAGUAAUUUAAGACGGGGUGAACAUCGUGGAAUGGCUGUGGCUAAAUUACUAGAUAAACGCCAAGCUGAAAUCACUGGUCGUGAAAGUGAUUCAUCUGUAGAAGUUGUACCUGGUGGCCCUAGUGAAGAUAAAGAUUCUAUUGUUUCAACACCAGCAACUCUACCACUUUUUCAACCACUUUUGAUGCAUUUUCUUGAUCAUGAUGCACCAGUACUGGAUAAUACAAGUACAAGUCGUACAACUUUUACAAAUUUAGUACAUUUAUUUACUGAACUUAUACGAAACGAUGUGUUUUCACAUGAUGCAUACAUGUGUACAUUAAUAUCAAGAGGGGAUUUGCAAUCAACCAAUAACAUUGGAAUAUGCCAACCAGGAAGCAAUAAACCAGCAGAUACACCUUCAGGUGCUGUACCAUCUCAAGCACAAGUUCACAUGGAAGAUGACAAUCUUUUUGAUUUAAAACCAAAUGUUCCCGAACAUCAUAGUCGACAUAUGGAUUAUGAUGAUAGUAAAAUAGAUGAUGAUCUUGAUAAACUACUUCAGCAUAUCAAAGAAGAACAACAGAAUUCAAUGGAUGCGCCUGAUUCUCCAAAAGUUGAACCAUUUGCUGGUUCAUCAAUUGGCGGAUUGGAAUCAAAUGAUCCAUCAACAAACACAAAUGAUAAUAUGUAUAAAUGCCGACCAUCUCGACAUUUAUUAUAUGCCACACAUUUUCCUCUACCAUUGGACGAAGAAACCACAAGCCAUGAUUGUAAUCAAAGGCAUGUAUUAUUGUAUGGUUUUGGUAAAAUGAGAGAUGAUGCAAGACAUACUAUUAAGCGUAUUAGUAAAGAUAUUUGUAAAUUAUUUAGUAAGAAAUUCAGUAUUGAUAUAGCUGAAGGAGGAAAAGUCAAAAAACAUUCUAGAAAUGAAUUUAAUUUUGAAGCAACUACAGCUCGUGUACAAAAUUUAUCAUAUUUUGACCAACAUGUUGUGACUUGGCAAUGUAGUCUCAAUGUACUUGAAGCAAUAAAUGCAUUUGCAACUGGCAACUCAAAUUAUCUUCCAGUUCAAGAACACGUAGCAUUUUUAUUUGAUCUCAUGGAGUUAGCAUUAAAUGUCAAUACACUUCUUGAUGUCUGUAUUCAGAUUUUAAUGGAUAUACCAGAUGUUGAGGCACAAUUGGCUGCUAAAGGGUCAUCUUUAGUACGAACUUAUACAACAUCCUUAGUUCUUUACAUUGUUGGAGUUUUGCGUAGAUAUCACUGUUGUCUUUUAUUAAAUCAAGAGCAAGUAGUUGGUGCUUUUGAAAACCUAUACCGUGUUGUCAAACACGUAUCAAAUCCUGCAGAUUGUUUAAGUGUUGAACGUUGUGUUCUUUCACAUUUGUAUGACUUAUAUAUAUCUGCUGCACCUCUUUUAAAAGGUCGCUUGCCUGGAGCCGAACCAUUUAAUACUUUAUACACAAAAAUACGACAGACACUCCAUGCAAAUCUUCAACCAUCUACUAUGACACAUGGAAAUUGGAAUUCUAGUUACAUGAAUGAUUUAAUAAUGACUUAUAGAAGAGGAUUUAAAAUUGAUCCUGGUUGGCAUAGACAACUAAAUGAAUCCCAAAGUAAUCGAUACAGUUUAGUUUGUAAUGUUGUAAUAGCUGUUGCAACUGAAACUUCAGAUAUUGAGCGUUUAAAUGAUUUGGCUAUACUCAGUGCAGAAUUAACAGCAUCAUGUAGUUCAUUAGCAUCUGAAUGGCUAGGGGUAUUGAUGGCUCUGUGUUGUUCUUCUAAUAAUCCUAUUAUUUUUGGAGAAGUUUUAUCACGGGUGGAUAUGAGUGAUAUUACUGUACACAACUCUUUAGCCUUAUUUACCUCUAUUCUUGUUGCUCGCCAUUGUUUUUCCUUGGAAGAUUUUGUAGUACAUGUAGCUUUACCAUCUCUUUUGACAGUCAGUAAUGAAGGACAUGGAGCUGCAGAUACGGAUCCAGAGGCAGAAGCAUCGGCUAGACUCACAUGUCAUUUAUUGUUACGUCUCUUUAAAACUACUGAAGUGCCUCAACCCAGUCUUUAUUCAGUUGGUACAUCACCGAACCCUAUAUCAAACUCAAAUUCUAGCUGCAGCAUUAAACAAAGUUGUGAUAGACAUUUGUUAGCUGCAGCUCAUAAUAAUAUAAGGGUUGGUCCUUUAUUAGCUGUAUUAAAAGCUAUUAUAGUAGUUGGUGAUGCUACAGCACAACGUCCCAAUCAAUCAAUAAAAAAAUCACCUUCAAGUCAAGUUAGUACUCCUGGUGGUACUAGUAAGAUGCCUAGUGAAUUGUCAAUUAGCCAUAUUCUAGGCACAUCUGAUAUUCUUGGUGGUUCAGCUGAUCAUUUACUAAUGGAAUUAGGAGGCCUAGGAAAUGCUGACACUCAGGCACCUGGAUUAUCUGACUUAGCACAAUUUGUAUUAAGAGAAAUAUGUAGCCAAGAAUGGGUAUUAGAACGUUGUCUACAAAAUCCUGAAGAAUUAUGUCAUCAAGAUAUGCUCUUGGACAGUAUGCUAUCAUCUAAACAGGCUCAAAGACUUUUGCAUAUGAUAUGUUAUCCGGAAACAGCAAGUGGAUCUGAUAUUUCUUUAGAUUCAAGGACAAUAAUUACCAACAUUUUAGAGAAUUCUGAUCAAUGGACUCUUAGAAUGUCUUGGUUAGAAAUGCAACUUAUGUUUAAACAAUUUUCACCAAAUUCACCUGAUUUAAAUCAAUGGCUGGAUAUAGUUGCUAAAGCAGCUAUAGAUAUGUUCCAACACAACUUAAAUACCCAGAACAAGAGUGAAAACAUUAAAAAAACUCAUUCAAUGUGGUUAUUAGCACCACUUAUUUCAAAGUUGCCUAGUGCAGUUCAAGGAAGAGUGUUAAAAGUAGCUGGUCAAGUAUUAGAGAGUGGAAAUAUGAUUGGAUUAGGUGGUACCAAUUCUGGUAAUGUUACUCCAAUUACUACCCAUGGUGUAAGUGGAGGUGGCAGUAGUAGUCGAAGUAGUAAUAAAGGCACUCCACCUCAUCCUCGACCUUCUCAAAAUACUAAUUCUGUACCCCCGCCACCAGCUAUUUUGGCUUAUCAUCAGCCAUUUUUGUCAUUAGUACUGAGCUGCCUUAAAGGACAAGAUGACCAACGUGAAAAUUUACUUUCAUCUGUACAUAAUCAGUUGUCUCAGUAUUUAGUAUUGUCAAAAGAGGAACGUCUUGGAAUUCAAGAAGGAUGUGCCAGCAAUAAAGAAGUUGAUGCCGCUCAAGAUGCACUUGCAUUGAGAUUCAGCUUAGUAGGAGGCAUGUUUGAUACAAUUCAGCGAAGUACUGCUUUGACAACUGAUUGGGCUGUUCUUUUUGUGCAGCUAGUGACAUAUUCAGUGAUAGAUUUGACUAAUAACACGAAAUUGUUUAACACAGUAAUAGAUAUGUUGGCUACUUUAAUACAUUCAACACUUGUAACUGAUUCUCAAACUGAAAAAGGAGAAGAAAAUCGAAAACACUAUCAAAAUUUAAUAAAAAAAUUAAAAAAAGAAGUUGGAGAAAAACACUCUUUAUCCAUUUCACAAGUUAGACAACUUUUGCCUUUAGGCAAACAGCAAUGUGAAAUCAUUACCUGUGAGCAAAUUGGCACUGACAUCAAAGGGAAUAAGAUUUCAUCAGGCUUAGAUUCUAAUGAUAAGCAAGGUUUGAAAGUAUGUGAUAAACAGCGUGUAAGUGCUUGGGAUUUAUUAGAAGGACAUAAAAAUCCAGCUCCAUUAUCGUGGUCAUGGUUUAGUGCUGUGCGCGUUGAACGAAAACCAUUAUGGUAUGAAGAAAACCACAGGAUGCUUAAGUUCCAUACACAUUCAUUAGUGAAGUCUGCAUCAUAUUUCUUAGAACCUCUGCCUUUACCUCCUGAAGAUUUAGAACCUCCCCAAGAAAAACCUUGUCCUUGUGUUUAUUGUAAUCAGAUCAAAGGAGUUAGUUCUGGGAUGAACAUGGGUUCAGGGCCAGGACGUCCAGAUACACCUUCUUCAGUACCUGAAUCACCAGGUAGAGGUGUUAAACGUAAUAUGAAAACUCAAGGAGGACCCCCUAAUCCUAGACGUAAGAAACAACAACAACCUCCACCUAUGUCACCUAUGACUCCCAAUGCUCAAAUGGGACCAGGUCCUCAAAUGCACCCACAAAUGCAGAAUUCACAGGGUCAGCAUAUGGGGUAUAGUGGAAGUAUGUUUCCAAUGCAACCAGGUCCAGGUCCAGUUUCUGGUGCUGGUCCUGUUCCAGUUCCUGGACCAACUCCUGGACCAACUCCAACUCAAAAUCCUCAGUGGGGUGGUUAUGGUCAGCAAGCUCCACAAGGAGGUCCUAACUUUUAUCCUCAACAAGUACCUCCAACACCUGUCCCAGGUCCUGGAUCUAGAUUUGAUCGUCCAGGAAAUACUUCUAAACAAGCUUUAAGUCAUAUGCUACGUAUGCGGUUACCCACUAACCAAUACAUGGGACAAACAGGACAGCAACCAAAUAUGAAUCCUAAUUUCCAACCUAUGCCUAGACAGCAGUUUAUAAGGAGAGGACAAAAUAAUGUACCAAUUCAGCCUCCUCAGCAAAAUACUCCACAAAUGUAUCCAACACAGCAACCAACACAAAUGUAUUCCAAUAUGCAACAAAGUAUGAAUCAAAAUUAUGGAGGUUAUGUAGGACAACAACCUGGAAUGAGACCUCCUUACAUGCAAAAUCAAAAUGUGCCGAUGAAUCCAAUGAGUGGCCCACAGAAUCCAGCACCACCUUACACUCGUCCAACUGGUCCGAAUCAACAAGCACCACAUUCUCAAUACCAUCAACAAUUUAGUCAACAGCGUAUUCGACAUAUAAUGGCUAUGCAACAACAGCAGCAACAACAACAGCAACAACAACAACAGCAGCAACAACAACAUCAUAUGCAAAGACAGAUGCAAAAUCCUCAACAACCACAACAAGGACAUCCGUAUGGUUUACAACCACCACCUUAUUAG